UGACAGCAGGACCUGCGAAACAUUCACCUCAGAAACUGCGUGAUUGCCGGUGUCGAUCCUGUAGCGCGCUUUGACUUUUUGCGCUUCAGCUGAUGCUGAGAUGAAGCCGAGAGCCUGAGCGCUCCUUUGCACAGUCGCGUAUCCACACUCAGACCGGGACGCAUCUCCUCUGAGAGAGACGGGGACAGGGAGGGAAAGCUCAAUUUGGAGUUCUACAAAUGGAUUUAACAUCUUAAACUUCUUGAGGGACGUGUUAAUUCUUAAUCAAUAAUUCUUCUCAUCUUUUUUGACCCACACUGAUGUUUGAGUCUGCUUUCCUCCUGCGCGCAACGGAUGACAGUGAAGCUUUUUGGUGCGUUUGGUUUUGUUGGAGGGAAUGUUCUUUAUCACAGCGAGGAUAACAGACCCCUGACUCAGUCUGGCACAUAUGUGGACCCUAUCCAGGAUGUUACAGUCUAAGUGGCCCAGGCAUCAUUGGGCCACCGUACACUACCAUCACCAAAUAUCACCACAUAGCUGGGGGUCUUGCUGUGUCUAGGAAUUAUCUGCACUCCGGACUCUGCCUCCGUCUGGGGAAGAAAACGGAAUCUUAUCCGAAAAGUGUUUUGGUGAACAUUGACAUUAGCUUUACGAGUCACACCUCUGGGCUACUAUGCAAUUACAACUGAUCUCCUUUGUUUUGAUCAUCUUGCACUGCAUGGAUUACACUGGUUGUCAGCAGCACAGCAGCUCCAGGCACCGGCCGCAUAAACAGAUCUCUGGUGUGAGCUCAGGGUGCCAGCAGGGUGGCUGUCUGACCUGCUCGGACUACAAUGGCUGUCUGUCCUGCAAGCCGCGCUUCUUCAUGCAUUUGGAGAGGAUUGGGAUGAAGCAGAUCGGGGUGUGCAUGACUUCCUGUCCUCCAGGCUUUUAUGGCACACGCUCCCCAGAAAGAAACACCUGCACAAAGUGCAGGUCGGAGUGUGACUCCUGCUUCAACAAGAACUUCUGCACGCGCUGCCGAGCAGGAUUCUACCUUCACCUGGGCAAGUGCCAGGAGAGCUGCCCUGAGGGCCUGGUCCGCAGCGACACACAGAGGGAGUGUGUUCCCAAAUGCCCUGCAGAGUGUGAGGCGUGUGUGAACAGUGAGACGUGCACACGGUGCCGGCCAGGUCUAUACCAGCUCAGUGGGAGGUGCCACCAUGUCUGUCCAGAGGACUACGAGCCCAAUGAUAAACUCAUGGAGUGCACACUGCAAGUGCACUGUGAGGUGGGUGAGUGGAGCGAGUGGAGCCCUUGCUCUAGGUCUGGAAGAACGUGUGGCUUCAAGCGGGGACAGGAGACCCGCACGAGGCAGGUCCUGCAGUACCCAUCGCCCUUUGGCAAGCCCUGCCCCGAGAUCUCUGAGAUCAAAGAGUGCCUGGUGAAGAGGAGGAAAUGUCCAGGAGGACGGAGGAAGAAUAAGCGAGGAGAGCGGAGGAACCGCAACAACCGCAAAGACAAGGAGAACCAGGAGGGGCGACGCGAGAGGAAGAGGGAAAGGGAGCGAGAGAGGGAGAGAGACACGGGCGAACGUGAAGACUCGGAUAACAGGAACAAAACAGAGCACAGGCACCGCAGAGGCCACGACACAGAGCCGGUCUCCCCUCAAGACGGCCUUGUACAGUAGUCCUCAGGACAGACAAAGUCAACUGGCUCCCCACCAUCCUCCUGUUAUCUCCCCACCCUACCUGCUCCAAAAUCCCCCUCACCCUCACCCACUGUUUGCCCCCUACAACCCCUCUCUGCAGGGGUGUUGCUGCUACCUGUAUGAUUUGAAUAUACUGUUUAUGCACAAGCGGGAUGGGGCACAUUCAGCCACAAGGCAUGGGCCACUAAUGACUUUUAAAAGUCUUUUUUUCUACCCCGUAGUCUCAACUCCUUCACUUCCACCACCGAGAGUGUCUCCGCUGUAAAAUGCAGGACACUGCUGAGACUGCUGCUGGGACUGAAGAACAGCGAGAAUCGUCUGUAACUGUGUGGAGGACUGUCAGACAGACGGACAGAGAGACAAAGACAUCAUGUGCUUGUUGAUAUGGUUAUUUAAUGGGGCUCUGGUACAACAUUGCGCAUCUUGGUUUUUGAAUGUAGAUUUUGCAGCAUUAUGUAGAACAGUUGUUUAUUAUUGUUGUUCCUGUUCUUUAGAUCUCCUUAUUUGGUGCAGAAUUUGUAAAGAAAAAAAAUACAAAUGAGUUUUUGCUCUUGUCACAUUUUCACAAUCGCUAAAACAUACAGAUGUAGGGGGACCUGCAUGCUGUGAGUUAAAUGAGUAUGGUCAAAAACUGAAAACAUGUUCUGUAAGUCUUGGACAGAAGCUAAUUUUAUUCAAAUAAGUGAUCAAUCUAAUCUACCACUGGUUUUUCUUUUGUGUAAAUGGAUUCUGUGCUCUCAGUAAAGCUCCUCCACUAGGAACCAACAACACCUGUAUGUCAAAUAAAACUAUAAUGGGUUUGUACUUGUGUCUGUUAUGUUUUUGUUUUUGAUCUGCCCUCCAUUUUGUCUAAUCCGAUUGAAUAAACCUUUGCACAAAGCAAAUGGAAAGUGAAACUCAGCGCAGUUUGCAGCCAUUAUCUGUUGAUUCAAAGGCUGCUAAGCUCUCACUUUUGUUGCGGUAGCAGAAAGUUACUUAUACCUGAACACUUCAUACUUGUGCACCGUUAAGAAAUCUCUAUCACUUUUUCUGUUACUCAAUUAUUAUCUCUCAGCAGCCUUCUGCCCUGUACUGAUUGUGGAUCUUUAAACAUGUAGUAUAAAUAAAUCUAGCUAUCAGCAGUCAAUAUAAAAGUCCAAAGCUCAAUAGUUAUUGCAGGAACAAGUAUGCUUUAAUGUUACUGCAGAAAAGAAAUCUAACAACUACUAUCACAGCUCAAACUUCACAGAAAGAUGUACAUUUUCCAGCUGAAUUAAUUCAAGUGUGUGAUUAACUGAAACCAAUAAAUAUCACAUCUACAUUUUUCAAUCAUCCAUAAGCUAUUUUAUGGCAUAAAAUAAGUAAGUACACAAAGUAUGAGCACUUACAUUUAUCUGGAUUAAACCUGUUCAGUUUCAUGAAAAUCAUCUUAACAUUUAGUCAACCUUCCAGUAAACUAAUAAAACAAAUUGUUGUUUUUCCUGUUUAACACAAACACGAAAUAAAAGGAAACAUUUUAAAGCUAAAGUGUUUAUUGAUGGUGUGAAUAUUUUUUCUCAUGAGCAACAUCUACUGCAUUUGCAUCAACAGGCAUGAUGACAGUAUUUCCUCCUCGUUCAUUUAGCAGAGAAAUCCCCACUAACAGACUGUACAUGAAAAUAUAUGCAAUUUGACAUCUU